AUCUGUGAAGGAAGAAAAGUGGCUUGGAAAUACAGAGGAUUUAGGCUUGAAAACAUAAUGCACAGACGUAAGAUCUGACGUCUGGACUGUUAAAAAACAAAUAGUUUGUUACUUUGAAUGUCAAACAACGUGUGUUUUGUUCCAGAUUAACCAUCUCGAAAGUUCAGGAUGUGGAAAUGAGUUCACAAAAUUAUUUUUUAACAGAAAUUUUUUUUGACUUGACAUCCAAUCGUGGUUUUCAAGGAAAGUUCGGUUCUUCAUUCUCCACAUUUUAGAUAACGUGUUCAGAGUUCGAAGUAACGACCUCUAUCUAAUCCCACAAUAAUAAACUAGGGUUUCUACAAAUUUAUUUAAUCACAAUGAAUUCUUGCAAGCGCUCGGUUGGAAUUCAUCCGCGUCAGAGUUAUUUGUUCCGCAAGCAACCAAUUUCCUUGCAUUACCUAUCUCAUCAUCUCCUUAAAAUACCUGGACUCAUAUGCCAACUACUCGUCAAUUGUGUUUUCAGCGCAUUCCUGAUCUUAUAGAAGAAAUACCUACUCAAAAACAGCUCAAGAUCGGAGUUUUAGGGUUUGAAACAAAGUAGAAAGCGUAGCAGAUAACGAUGGAUGGCGGUGGCUUUGGAGGCAUGCAAUCAGCUUCUUGCGAAGCUGAAGACAAAGAUGCGCUUCUGGAGAACAUAUGGAUUCGAUUUCUUGCCGGGGGCUCCGAAAGAUCAUGCAUCACUUCAGAUUGGCAAACUCCGGCUUCAGACCUUGCAGAGGAGGAGGGAGUGAUCAUCAGCACUUUUAUAGAAAAUCAAAUCUCUGUGGAAGGAAACGAGGGAAAUCAGAUUGAGUUACCAUUACAGCAGCAAUCAGAAUUCAAUUGUUGUAGAUUGUCAUCAGUAGAAGAUGUUGAAAGCCUCCUAUACCUUGAAGAACAGAGUGGAUUGCCAUCAGUUGGAAAUCUGGAACAAUGGAUGCCUAUUUCAAUGGCGGCUAAUGUAAGAAGCCGUUCUCAAAUAGAAGAAUCUAAGCAUUUAAAUGUCAGUGCCGCCAUUCCUGAUAAGAAAGCUGGGGUUUUGCCGAAGCAGGGUGGAAUAGAAAAGCGUUACAGAGGGGUGCGGAGGCGUCCAUGGGGGAAAUUUGCAGCGGAAAUAAGGGAUUCGACGAGGCAAGGGACGAGGCUUUGGCUGGGGACAUUCUCUACUGCAGAAGCGGCAGCCAUGGCGUACGACAAAUCUGCUUUCAAAAUGAGGGGGCCUCGAACAUUCCUCAACUUUCCAGUUGAAAUUGUGUGUAGGGCAUUGGCACAUGACCUCAAUUCGGGAACCACCGUCUCCCACCCCAAUUCUGCAAAUUUCGAUGAUAUUUUGUGCAACUGCAGCCCCAAUUCUGCAAGUUUCCAUGAUAUUUUGUGCAGAAAAAGAGGAUCUUUGGAAGAGGAGCAACAGCCACAGAUGAAAAGAUUCAAAACCCAGCCGCAAAUUUGGAGUUGUGAUGGCGUUGGUGAUGAUAUUUUGGGGUCAUUCGAAUUGGAGGGAACAGAUUUGGGUACGGAUUAUUGGGAAGAAUUGCUUCUGUCGGCUGAAACUAACGAAUUCCUGAGCUUGUUGAAUCCCGAUAUUAGAGAUGGGUUAUUGUAAACCGUUACAGAUCUAUGGAAAUUAAUUUCAAAAUAAACAGUUGAAUUCA